ACUCCUCUGACCACAUCCUUCGCCUUAGCCGCGUCCGCCACGGUUGCUUACUCGAUCGCCGUGCCGUCUUAACUUUGCAAUUAAGCUCUGAUCCUCUUGGUCCAAGUCUCGUCAUUUAUAAACUGGUCGUCUGCCGCUACGCGCAACUCUUCUUUCCCGUCUCAGUACACCCCAACUCGACUCGAUUGUCCAUCAAGCUUAACAAUUUCUGGUGGUUAAUGCUGCCUGAAUUCAACCGACGCGACCUUUUCACCUAUUUCACGCUCGUCCGGAGCAUUCGUUCGGUAAAAUGGCGUUAGGCAAUAAGUUGUUCAAGCAGAAGCCUACCAUUGUCGCCGAUGCACCCCCUCUACCAAAUGCGCCCGAACUCGAAAAGCCCGUUCAAGGGAACGAGGGUUAUGGCGGUCUUCCCCCUGACUACGAUCCGGAAAAAACUGGUCCCAAGGGCAUGAGCAUGAAGAGAAUCGACGGACCUAUCACCAAGUCCAUUAGCCAAGGCAACCUGAGUGAUGACAGUUCUGGCGUGUCUAUCGGCAAGCAAAUGGAGCUGGAAGCUGGAAAUGCCAUCAAGUACAGGACUUGCAGCUGGCCAAAGACUGCAGCACUGUUGUUCUCUGAAUACAUCUGCUUGGCUAUCAUGUCCUUCCCGUACUCCUACGCAACUCUCGGUCUUGUGCCUGGCUUGAUCUUGACCGUGGUUGUUGCAGGACUGGUUCUGUACACCUCUCUGGUUCUCUGGGAAUUCUGUCUGCGCCACCCUGAAGUCAAGGAUGUCUGUGACAUUGGUCAAAUGCUCUUUUGGGGCCAAAGAUGGGCGUGGUGGGCUACUGCCUUCAUGUUCAUCCUGAACAACACUUUCAUCCAAGGCCUGCACUGCUUGACUGGUGCCAAGUAUCUUAACACCAUGACUGGCCACGGCCUUUGCACUAUCGGCUUCAGCGCCAUCGUUGCUGUCGUGUCCUUCUUCGCGUCGCUUCCCCGCACGUUUAACACCCUCGCCAUCUUGGGCACCGCAUCGGCUUUCUUCACCUUCAUCUCAGUCAUCUUGGCCACCAUCUUCUCCGGUAUCGAGGAUCACCCUGCUGGGUACCCCAAGCUUGGAGAGCCUCGCGUACUUGCAAUCCCCGAGGCUGGCACCACCUUUGUCGCUGGAAUGUCUGCUUUCAUGAACAUCAGUUACACAUUCAUCGGACAGAUCACCCUGCCUUCUUUCAUCGCUGAAAUGAAGAACCCUCGCGACUUCCCCAAGGCUUUGUGGGCCGUCACCAUUGCUGAAGUUAUUCUCUUCUCGCUUGUCGGUGCCAUCAUCUACGCCUACACUGGAAACCAGUACUACACUGCACCCGCCUUUGGAUCCCUCAGCAACGAAUUGUACAAGAAGGUCAGCUUCUCGUUCAUGAUCCCAACCAUUAUCUUCUUGGGUGUUUUGUACGCCUCGGUUUCUGCCCGCUUCGUCUUCUUCAGAAUCUUCGCUGGAACCAGACACUUGGGCGAGCACACUGUUGUUGGUUGGGCAACUUGGGCUGCCCUUUUGGCCUGCACUUGGGUUCUGGCAUUCAUCAUUGCUGAAGUCAUUCCCUUCUUCAGUGACUUGCUGUCACUCAUGAGUUCGCUCUUUGACAGUUUCUUCGGGUUCAUCUUCUGGGGUAUGGCAUACCUUCGUAUGCGCAGAGCCGACUACGGACCUGAUUACUACAAGAACAGAGGACUCAGAGGAACUCUUGGAUUCGUCUUCAACAUCAUCCUCAUCUGUAUUGGACUUUUGUUCCUCAGCGGAGGUACAUAUGCCUCUGUUCAGAGUAUUGUUGAUGGCUACAACUCGUCAACUUAUGGCACGGCAUUCUCUUGUGCCGACAAUGGUCUGUAAAAAGAUCUUAAGAAACUAGAUUGUUCAAGUGUUAGAAGGACAACCUUCUGGUACAACGGCCUUGAUGUUCACGAGCAAUGGGUCAUGUUUAUCUUUUAUUCUUUAUCAAAUUGGAUAGUUAUUUCUAAUUGAAACUUCUUAUUACGAA